CAAAGCGAAAAAGAAAACAGUUUUGCGCCGAACUAUGAACAACGACUGUGUGGAUUUGCGAUUAAAUUUUGAAAAUUUGUGUCGCUUCUGUCUUUCCCUAGAAGAUAUUGUGCCUUUGUUCAUUAACUCAACCAUAAACGAAAUCCUGAUCGAUGCUGUUGAUGUGCUCCUGCCCAAGGUUGAUGAGAACGAUGGACUGCCCAACUGUGUUUGUGCCCGGUGCCAUCAAAGGAUGGCCGAUUUUUCCAAAUUUGAGGCAACUGCUCUGGAAGUCUACAACAAGCUGCAAAGCGUCAUAGCUUACCUUGAUGAAGUAGAGGAUGAUUGUAAUCCCGGGUCUCAGCCGAUGCUCGAGGACGAUGCUAAUGACCAGCUAGAAACGUCCCCGAAUGCAAUUGAAGAUGUACCCGCACAAGAGAUGGAAAGUGUCGCACUAGAAACCGAAAAGGCAGCAACAAAAACACAUCCCGCAUCAAAACCCGCCCGCCGCCCAAAGAAAGCUUGUCCCGUGUGCGGCAAGCUGGUGUCGCAGAUCAGCAAGCACAUGCCGGUGCACAGCAACGCAACGAAACGCUUCGCCUGCGAGCAGUGUGACAAACACUUUGCGCUGUUGGCUAGCUUGCGGAAGCAUCUGAAGAUACACCGGAACAUACGCAACUAUCGGUGUGAGCAGUGUGGGGAAAGUUUCUGCGAUCGGUCCUCGCUCAGGUAUCACCUGGCCAAGCAUCGGGGUGUGCCGGGGUUUGCGUGUGAAUUCUGCGACCGGCAGUUUUACACCUCGUCCCAGUGGAAGCAACACCAAAGCUUGGCACACCGGGAGCGUACGUUUCGGUGUGAUGUUUGCGGGCAGGCGUUUCUGCUAAAACACCACCUGACGGAACAUGCCCAACUGCACACCGAUGGACGUCCGCAUGAAUGCGACGUGUGCGGUAAAGCUUUCAAGCGGGAACGAUACUUGCAUGUUCAUAAGCGACGCCGGCACACCAUGAAAGAGGAAGGGGAGUGAUGCCAUUGUUUCAUGAGGUGAAAUUGUACUGCGGUCUUGUGCGAAGUAUUGCCAUUUUAAGCACUUCAAGCAGGACCUGGACCUAAACAUGGCCCUGAACUCCCCAUGUUGGCGCGUUGCUGCCGAGAUACGUUCAUCUCCUGGACACUCUGUAGUUAAAUGCUCUAACGGGUCAACCAGACAGGACCAGAUGUACUGGUAGGCAUAUGACCUCAUGCUGAGAAUGUUGAAGGUUGUGGAUCUAGUGGAUAUGGCGGUGGACUCAUUGAAAUAGAUCGCCAAUAUCAUGACCAUGAGCUCGAGAACCAGUGCUAACAUGAAGUAAGAAGGUGCUUAGCCUCUGGGGUGCCGGUUGACUAAGGAUUUUAUCUGGAGUAGGCAUGGGACAAUUGUGCGAGACCUAUGCCGCACACUCAGUUCAUUAUAGUGUGCGGUUGAUCGCCGCACGCGAAAAAGUGAACGGGUAGGUCUUCCGCACGCAUACAGAACUAACUGAAAUGUGCUCUGAAAGAGAUACAAGAUAACUGUCGGUGUCAUAGACUGAACGAAAAAAAAAACAUUCGUUUUGGGUCGGCAGAAUUUGUCACACACAACGACACAAGAAGAUCGAUCGCACUUUGCGCAAGAAAGAUUGCACAUAUUGCUAGCGUGAUCAGAUUGAUCAAUCGCACACAGCCGCACAAAAAGAACUCCUGCCGCACACUGACCCCAUACUGAGUGAGAAAGAACACUCAUAGCCGAUGGGUCAUUCGCACACAGCCGCACGCGUGUUCAGUUGGGUCAGUCGCACACUACCGCACAAAAAGAACUCUUGUCGCACACUGCCGCACGCGCGUUCUGUUAGUUCGGUCGCUCACUGCUGCACGCGUAUUCAGUGGGGUCAGUCGCACACUACCGCACAAAAAGAGCUCUUGUCGCACACUGCCGCACGCGCGUUCAGUUAGUUCAGUCGCACACUGCCGCACUCGUAUUCAGUGGGGUCAGUCGCACACUACCGCACAAAAAGAACUCGUUAAGCGCACAGCAACAUAAAAGAGAAAGCUUGUAGAUUUUACUCGUUUAGAUUAGCUUAGAUUAGAUUACAAAUCAAAUUAAGUAUAUACAGUUUGUUCUCGAGCUACGUUUUCUAAGUUCUUGUGUGCAAUUAGUAUAAUUGGCUCAAAGGAUUCUCAAAUGCAAGAUAAAUUACUGUUUUACCAAAAAUUUUAGAACCUCUUAAAAACCAGAAAUUUUCAAAUUUUCUGCAUGAAUUGUGAUACAUAAAUGGUUUAAUGUAAAAACCUAGUUACCUAGUUAUGUAUGAACCGCGUAUCUCGGACUGACAGUAUUUAUAAUUAAAAAUGCAGCCUUAAAAGCAAUAACUUUUAGUUCUUGCAUUAAAAUCUCGAUAAAAUUAAACAUGAUAUUUAAAAAAAAUGGUACUUAGCUCCAAUUGAGCGACUGACCUACCGCACGCGUUCAGUUCAUCAUACUGAACGAACUACAUCGCACGCGUUCACUGAAAAGAAUCAAAUUGCCCAAGCCUAAUCUGGAGGUCAUAGGUCCCAAGAAUGCAUCUAUAACGAUGGCAGUAAUCCCGGCAACACACAAAAUCGUCCAAAUCCGAAUAAUAAUAACAAUUAUUAAAAGAAAACAUCCCGAAAAGGUUCCAACUAGUGUUGGGUAAAAUAGCACAAUUGAGUGUGCUGUGCG